UUUCUGGUUUAAUGUGCUGCUGCAGCUGUACUUGUACCUUUUGAUGUGUAAGGAGUGUAGUAGAUCGCGUUUUGAUGCUUUUGUAAGUAAUUGGGAAUUUCUUGAAUAUUUUAGUCUCUUUCUGCAAUAGCUUCUUUGGCCUUCGAAAAAUAAAAGUGAUUGCAAGUAGAAGAUAGACUUAAUUUUUAUGGUUCAUUUCCUUUAUCUUCUAGAGUUAGGUUAGUUAUGGGAAUCAAAUCACCAAAAGUGGCAGUUCUUUGUCAUCCCAUCUGCAUAUGUGUCCAUUGAAGUCAGACCAAGAUAGCUACGAAUUUAUGGUUACCUAUCGCUAAUUUGCCAUAUCUUUCAUCAUGGAUACCAUAUGUUUACGGAGAAAGGUUAAAUUACAGUCCGCUACUUCAUUGUGAGGUACGGAUGAUUAGUUGGCAAGGAGCACCAAUGGGCUACCAGCUUGUCUAGUUCAAUGUGCAACAGAAAAGGUUUCCUCCUUAGUUCUGAUCUCUCUAACACCCUUCCUCUUACCUUCUCCAUUACUCCAAUACUGUCACAAUUUCUGCCACAAUUGUGUCCAAUGGCUAAUUAAUUCCAUGAUUUUAUGGACUACUUGUGAAAUCAAAAUUAACAAGUGAACUCCACAAAUCUCACGUAUCCAGUAAACUUUUCAAUCAAACAAAUACCUUCAUCCCAAUAUCACUCUUUUUUUCAAAGCAUGUGCAUGUAAUAUACAGCCAGCCAGUUGAUCAUGAAUCACGGGGUUAACAUCAAGAUCAGCAUGGAAAAUUGGAAGGUAUUAAAAGGGAGGAGAGGUUGCGAGUAAUGAAUAGAAGAUAAAAUAGAGAUGGCCAUUUGGGGUUUGCAGAUUGAUGAGAUGGGAUUUGGAUUUGGACUUGGAAGAGGGUACGAAAGUGGGAACGAGUGGGAGGAGAAAAGGUGGCAGGCGACAAGAAGGGUGAAAAAUAGGUGAUUUGUGUGAGGAAGAGGAAGAAUGACACAAGUCCUGGAGACAUUGCUCAUGAGAGGCUGCUAAAAUUCUUGCAAAUUUGAUUGUAAUGGGCUCUGGGAUUUUGAUCAGGGCAUUCGCUCAAGCUUAUCGUCAAGCACUUGCAAAUGCUUCAAAGACUGGUGUUGCUCAAGAGACGUUACAAAAUGUGGCUCAUAGGGGUAGCAAAAUUAUGACAGAGCAAGAAGCUAGACAGAUUCUUGGUGUUAGUGAGCAGUCCACGUGGGAGGAGAUAUUGCAGAAAUAUGACAAUUUGUUUGAGAGCAACGCCAAGAAUGGAAGCUUCUAUCUUCAGUCAAAAGUUCACAGGGCUAAGGAAUGUCUGGAAAAUGUUAAUCAAGGCAAAGAGCAGGGAUCUUCGGGCCAAAACACAUGAAGGUCGCCUGUUCCUUGGCCAUUGCAUUCUUGUAUAUCAAAAUCAAACAGUAAUUGCUAGAAUUUUUGUGCCAAUCGGUUGCUUAUUUUCGUUUAAUCGCUGUUUUCUCAUAGCCAUGUCUUUGUACUCUGUAGCAUGUUUAUACUAACUUACUGCAGAUCCUAAAAGAUUAGUUGUUCUGUAGACUUACUGAUGAAGUGGAUGAUGACAUGAUUUGCCUUCCUUUUUGGCCUGAUCAAGUGGAUGAUGACAUGAGUUACCUCCCUUUUUGGCA